CCAAAACUGUUAAUAUCGAAACAGAAAUUACUAAUCGACAUGUCUCGCCAACAAAACAUCGCAUCGCUUAAUGUCAAAAACGUGGAUGAUCUUCACGUUGAAGAUCGUUCAACCUUAUUUUGUGAAAGAACUAAAUUUUCCAGAGAAACAACAUCCAAUAAAAUUAACAUUCAAGAUGUAAUUGUAUACCAUCAAAAUUCCAAAAUGGCCAAAGAUAGUAUCGACGAUAUCCUGGUGCGUCUCGACGAGGUCGAGAAGCUACAAGCGGAAUUACGACAUUUGGUACCACGAGCGACGAGCAACUCAUCCAGACAUGUCAGACAUCAGGAUUUAUCCCGCGAUACGUCCGCAUCGAUACGUUUUCCAUCUCUCUUCACGUUCCCCGUGAUUUCGAAUUUCACGUCGUCCUCCUCCAAGAAUGACAGAGUGCAAAAGUCAGCUGCGCAAUUGAAUCUUAACGACAAAUUGUCGAAGAAUAAUCGAUCCUUCACGACAAAUCUGAAAAGUGCAAGGAGAUCUCAGCGCGCAUCCGCGAGAGAAACGAAUAUCUUUAAGAAUCUAUCGAAGAGCACCGAUAAAAGCCUUGCGAGAUCACACGCGGGAAAUUCUUUGGCAUCGACUUCUGUAGGAAAUUCAAAGACAUCGAUGAAAGACAUUGUCGCAAAUCGCGUGUCCAAGAAUUCGCAAGCUGUAAUUAAAAAGGAAUUAAAAAACGGAACAUCGAAGACUGCAUCUAGAGAUAAAACGCAAUGCAUAACUGGUGAGAGAUCGAGCAUGCGGCUAUCCGAAAGUAAAGAUAAUUCAAGUAAAUAG